AUGCAAGCUAAGCUUGUGCUCCACUUGUUAACGCUCAAUGCUAUAAUAAACUUUUCCUUUUCUUCGAGGACGGAAGGUACUUAAGAAAAGUAGCACUUGUGGAAGGUCUUUUCCCUUGCAGCCGGGUCCGUGACGUUUGUCAUCCUAGGGAAACCGUCAAACUAUCAUUUUUCUCUAGCGGCUGAGUUGAAUCGAAGAAUUUCAAAGGAGUGCAUCGACAAGGUACGUAGUUGAACUUUAAAGUUCUUAUUGGUGUUUUUUUUUCAGAAAUGCAGUGUUUUGAAUUCAGCUGUCGACAUUGAGGUAAAUGGUCAUUGGGCGGUUUGGACCCUUUUCAAGAGGUAUUUUUUUCACAGUUCCGAAUAACAGAUUGAAAAAAAGCCUGAAAAAAACAGCCUUUAAAUGUUCUGAAAAAUUAACUUUUUCUAAACCAGUAUAUUUUUCCAUCGACGCUUACAAGGAAUUAUUGAAACGUGCUUUCUUCUCAUUGAAAUUUAAAAAAAAAUACACGUUUUUUUGUUACCUGCAAUCGAUCAAAAUUUCGUUUCCCUCUUCUAGUUCGCACCUUUCUUAUGCCCUCUUAGAGGCUAGAAGAUAGGCUACAACCCGAUUUUCAUUGCAUUCAGACUGAGAGAAAAACAUUCUUCCUCGUGGUACGUCUUCCUAGAAGAUUCUUCUACAGUCCGUGUAUCCAGCUUGCGAAAGUUUCUGGCUGAAUUUGAUCAUUCCGAGCAUCACAUUUUUGGCUGCGGGCUCUUCGACCGAGCGUACAUAUCGCUAUAAUUUCUUUUAAAACAUAAUUUCCAAGGCCGACGAUUAUACACCACUUCAGUCACGAAGAUGGCUCGGUUUUUCAGUACCCCGACUUUAGCUGUGGUUUCGUCGUAUCACACGGUUCUGUGUUAGCGUAAGCUUGAAUCUUCUUUUCUGAACUAGUACCAUUGUAGUUAUCAAAAAUCUUUGAGAAAGGACUUCUUAAAUAAUAUUUUCAGUCUUUUGGACGCCCUCGAACACUCAAAUCCCACCACCGCCGUGCCAAACUUCUCAAUAGAUCCGAAACAUGAGGUUUUAGCGAGAAAAAAGUCAUCCAAGUUCAAUUUUCUUGUUCUGCAGGUUGCUGUACUUUUUGAUAAAGGCCUCUCUUUGAAACUCACGUCUCUUGAGGAUAAAUUUUGCGUUGAAGAAUCUCCUAGUUGUUUAAUUUAUCACAGGGUAAAUUUUCAUUACAAGAGUCUUUUUUGAAAUUUCGACCAAUUUUGACCCGAACAUCUUGAAAUUCGUUUUCAGAAGCCUACUUUCGAUUUAUGCGAAAGGAACGUGGAAUCUUCAAAUGUUCACUUCAUGGUGAAAACUUACAGCGGCUUUCACAGAAGUCGAUGUGGGCCCAAACUUUUAUUCUCCCUAUGGUUCCAUUUAUUCAGUGGUGGUUAUUAAAAGGACAUGGGCGAGGGACCUUCCAAGCGUCGAAUUUUGCAGCGACACAGUCGAUCGCUACGUUCCCACCAUUGACAUGGGUGUCAACAAUACUAAGCAAGGUGAACUUUUUUUCAUCGUUAAAAAUUAGGUGGACUACACUAAGAAUAACUGACGAGAUAAACGCGAGCUCGGUGGCGGUACAUUGACUAACUCGCAAAAAUGUCGCUUUUCUCUCGGCGCGACCUCGCAUUUUACUCGGCGCCAUCUCGCAUUUAUCUUGCAUUUCGGAAAUUUUCAAAUUGCGAGAGAAAUGCGAGCUCGCGCCUAGAAAAAUGCGAGCUAGCGCCCAGACUAAUGCGAAACCGGCGCGAGAAAAAAAGCGAGAUGUUUGCGAGCUCGUCAAUGUACCGCCAGUGUCUCGCGUUUAUCUCGGCAGUUAUUCUUAGUGUACGCGAAACGAUAAGACCAAGUUUUCCACCCUUUUUCAUUCCUUACUUUAAAUAUAUAUCGAAUAAUUUGAAAAUAAAAAUGGGAAAAAAAAGAAAUCAGGAAACUCAUUCUUCAGUUUGAAGAAAAUUCGGGGCGGAACUGAGACAACAUUGAGAAAAGAAAGGAGUUCAGGUCAUUGUGGUAAGACGUGGGCGAUGCUUCAACGGUUUGCCGAGUUGAAGGCUGAGAACAAAUUGAAAGAUAUUCUAUGGCUGGUUAUAGCGGAUGAUGACACGCUUCUGAGUGUGCCGCGACUGCGGAAGUUGCUUUCUUGUUACGAUCCGAAUGAAAAGGUGAGUUUUCGUUUCAUUGUUGAAUAUACGUUUUUCUCAGGGAGAAAUGUCUUACUAAAUAUCCUCCAAAAAUGAGCUCAAUCGAAGAUACUGAAAUUUUCGACUUUUGAGAGCCCUUAACUUUUUUCACAGGCCUCAAGGGCAGUUUUUGAGACGAGAUCUUGAAUUAGCGUAAAAAAAAUACAUUUAGAACACAUGGUAUCAUUCAGAAGUUCAGAACCCACUGCGAAUAGAGAUCAUUCCCUAGUUAGGUGAACCUGGUCGUUCAAUUUCUGGGGAAGGUAAUCCUAGGUUUGAAUCUUCGAAAACAAAAAGAACCCUGUUUUGAUCUCCGGAGAGUACUGCGAAACAGCGCGUCGAAAUUGCGAAACAGCGCGUCGAAAUUGUAAACGAUAAGCUCAAAAUAAAUUUUCCUUGGGUACUUCGAGCAAAAAGUUUUUUCUCUUUAUAAUAGAGUUAAUCAUAGCAGUUGAUAGCAGGAUGAUAGCAGUUGACUCACAAACUAAAAAUCCAGAAGAUAAUUUUUUGUUUCAAACGGUUACUUAGAAUCCUCCCAGAAGUUGAACCAGAUCUGCGAUGUUAUACUCAUACACUUCCCCGGUUAGUUUUGUGAAGAAAAGUGAUUUUUUUUGCUGUAAUUAAUUAGUUAGAAUUAGUUAGAAGUGCUUAUCACCAGGAACUUUUCUAACCAAUUAAACAAUUUCAAAAAUGAUCAAUUUUUUCAAAGAUAAUUAUUGGCGAACGUUAUGGUUUCGGGUUCCACUUUGCUCAAUCAAAGGGAUAUGAUUAUCCAACUGGGGGCUCUGGGUUGGUUCGAAGAAGUUUGUAAACUUCAAAUAUUUACCUUCAGGAUGGUUUUCUCUUAUCCGACGGUGCUUGCGAUGCUCGAGAAGUGCUCAUGUCCCAGAGAUGACUCUCCGGACGACAUGAUCAUAGGUUCCCUCUCCAUAUCUCUGCAAGAGAACUCUUCAUUUUCAGGAAUGUGCGCCCAGUCGGUUGGCGUCGAUAUUGUACAUAAUGCCGGUUUUCAUCAGGCCCAGAUGUCCGACUACGCCCCGGAAUACUUUUGGUUGGUGUUUCUAGCAAUUUUAUACAGAAAGCUGAUUACAGGAAGACUCCGACGAUUUCGUUGCACAAGUUUGAAGGAAUCGAUCCAUAUAGAGACUACAUGGCGUACCUUUACGAAGACGAUUCAGAAAACAAAUUCGUUCAUCAAGAAUUGUAACUUUGUCAGAUAUUUGAUCAUACGUGUCUUAUCUUGUCUAUAAAAUAAAAAAAAUCAAAGAAAAUAGUUUGUGAAUCCGUCAUGAUAACUGAAGAGAUAUCCUCUUUUUGAUCCUUUUUAUCUUUUUCAGUCACUUUUUUUAAAAGCAAUUUUGGUAUUGAAUUUGCUUUUUUUGCGUUUAAUUUAUUCCUAUGUCAUUAUUUUUGCAAAAUUAUGAAAAAAAUUCAGGUUUUUGAAAAAAAGAAAAAUUAAAAAGAAAAACCUGAUUUUUUUCAUAAAAUCUAUCCAAUUUAGGCUCUACUCUUUUUUCAACUUAUACGUUUGUUUGAUCUUAAAAACCAGCUCAAGUGUUCAUUUGAAAGUGUAAUGCGAAAAUUAUAUUUUUUCCAGGUGGAACCUUCAGAAAAUUGCCUCAGGUACCAUAGCUUCGCUCACCUUCAUUCGCAAACGAGGAAUGAUUUUCAUCACGGGCCAUGACGCGUCGACCAACAAACACGCCCGCAUACGCUGCACCCGACCAGCAGUGGCUUGCGCCAUUUCUAUCUCUCAUCGUUUGCUUACUUUUCACUGCCGAGAGAUUGUAAUUCGUUCAAAAAACGUCUAAUAAUGACAACGGAACUAGUUUCGAAAGAAGAGCCUUCAAUUCAAUCACUCUAAAAGGUACGAAGACAAACCGCUCAAAUUUUUUUCAAUCAACAUAAGGUACAAUCGAAAGGAAGUUCAAAGUGAAUAACUGAAUAGUAACAGAAUAAAAUAGAAACAUAUUUCCGUGUUCAAAUGUAUAAUUCAAAAUUAUCGAUAAUUCUGUGACAUUCCAAAAUCAGUUAUAUUGUUCACUCUUCGAGUGCUAUUGAAUUUCGCGGAAUCACUUCGAACACGGCAUGAAUUUUGAGGUGAAAAGAAGACAUUUACUUCGGUUCCUCAAAAUUUUCAAGCCAGAAGGUUAGAAGAUCUAGAGAGGCGACCGAUGACAAAAGUCUUUCGUUUUUUCCGCUGCCGUUGCACAUUCCGAGGUAUCAAGAUUUACUUACUAUGACCGAUUUUGGAUCUUGAUCUCACCGAAGUAUCACUUUUUUCUUCUGAAACUAACCAACGACAACGAGAUUCCCAAGGGCCAUCAAUAAUCUUAGUAUUCCUAGGCGGAGAAAAGAGAAAGUCCGUGACAACAAAAUUAUCGUGAAGCGCCGCUUGACAUAUCGGCAUUUCCUACUUGUUUUAACUGAUCACCUCUCCUGACUACUGACACUCAAGGUACGAGCACAAAGGACUACAGAAAGCAACAAAAUGUGCAGAUGGGACUUGUGGAAGCCGUCGAGUUGCCUUUCUCGCUGCUGACGACGGUCGUCCUGCUCGGCGGCGCCAUAUUCGCGACGGUCGUCGAUUCUCUCGACGAUUCAAAGAAUCUGCCAGUGUCUACGGCUCCUCCUUCCCGUUAGCUUCUUUUUUUGCUCCCGCCUCGAUAUCAUUUUUUCUUGUUUCACGUGAUCUUUAUUUUCAUCCAAGAACUUUUUUAUUUCAGAGCUGCUGCCGAUGGCCCUCGGGAUCAUGUCGUUGAUGGGAAUUUUCUCCCGAAGACGUUACGUCAUCACAUUCACCCUCAUCAACAUGGUCUACGCCUACUUGAUCAGCCUUCACUUCUUCGUCUUGACCAUCUAUCGAGUUCGCUCCGAAAUUUUUUUGUCCCCGUAUGAAAGUUCUCAGAUCACUCACAAUCUGCCACAAACGUGCCCCUACGAAGCCUUCAUCAAGCCAGGCUCGGAUUGUCUUCUCGGCGACAUCCUCGUUCUCAUCCUCAUAACCGUCCUUCUUCUGAUCUCGGUAGGACCUGACCAUUUAGUUUCCUAUUCAUCAAUUUAACUUUUUUAGCUUUUAUACACCAUUCCAAAAAUAUCCAAAAAGGAUAAAACCUGAAAACACUCUUGGCAGAAGAAUUUCAUAAUAAAACAUAGAUCAUCAUACUCGUCACCUUACUCAUAACAUCUUCAUUCUCUGAUUAAAGGGCAUUGAGAAUUGAGAGGAAAAACGGAUUAAUUAAAUCAAAUCGAACUUGAAAUGAUCCUGGAGAAAAUUUUGACGCAUUUACAAGAUCAGAUACUUCCAUUUUCCCUGUUUUCAGUAUGAUAAAAUAUUUUGGCUGAAGUCCUUCAUCUCUCCGGCUUAGCUUUCGAAAUCUUGCAACGCUAUCGAAGGAAAUGUUUGUAGGUGACGGCGUCGAUAGGCGUCUUCAACCGGCUCUCCUCGCCGGUCGUGCGGCUGCCGGCGUUGCCGGAGCAAGCGACCCGAAGACUCGUCCAGAAGCAAGUCGACCCUUCGUCUUUUGUCAGCCAUGCCUGA